GAAAGACUGGAGUUCUGGUGAUGACCCUAUAAAGGAACAUGCCACAAACUUCCCAAAUUGUUCAUACAUUAUCAGGCUAAAAUGAUCUGAAUAUAUCAAGUGUCAGCAACAAAGUCGCCAAAGUUAUAAACCCAUGGGAACAUCAGGAGGUAGCAGUGCAAUAACUCAACCAACACUGAUUUUGCCUUAUCACCCGAUGAAUAAUUUGCCAAUCACAGAUAGUGACUACUCAAGCUUUACUGUUAGUCAAGUUGUUCAAAAGCUGGGAUAUUCAGAGGAAGAAGUGAAUUCAGCCAAAGCUGAAUUAGAAAUGAAAGGAGCAAAAUUUCCAACACCCGAGGAAAUUGCGAAUACUGUGCUUGAUAUGCAGGAAAGGUCUGAACAUUUUCCAACUGCUAACCCAGCAUCUCCUGAAAUUGAAAGUGAUUCCAGUUUAAAUCUGAGUCAAGUUGUUAUUAAUCUCGGAUAUUCAGAGGUAGAAGUGAAUACAGCCAAAGCUGAACUAGAAAUGAAAGGAACCAAAUUUCCAGCAUCCGAGGAAAUUGUGAAUACUUUGCUUGAUAUACAGGAAAGGUCUGAACAUUUUCCAACUGCUACUGUACCCCCAACAUCCAAGGAAAAUAGAAGUGAAAAUGAACAAUAUAAGAAACGGCUGACAAGGUGUACAAGCAAGCUUGUAGAGAAAAUGUCUCCUGAGCUCCUAUUAGAUCAACUUUAUGGGAGCGGAUUUCUUACAUUUGUAGAAACAAGAGAUAUACAGGAAACACCACUGACGUCAGAAAAAAAUAGAGCAAUACUGCGAAAGGUCGUGAUGAAAGGAAAACGUGGAUAUAUAGAAUUUAAAGAUUGCCUUAGGCAAUGCAAUCAAGGGCAUCUUGCUGAUUUGUUGGAACGAGACGAAAAUUGACUUCAGGAUGAAAAUUAAAUAAACAAGGACCAUGCGCUUGUGCAUUUAUGUCUUAUGCCAUCAAAGCAAAUGCUGUGAUUUUUCGUCUUAUAAGAUUGGUUGUUUGCCUGCUUUCACACAGGCAAAUUUUAUUUGUCUUUAGACUAUGUAAAAGCUUGCGUUCUGCUGCUUUCGCCUGACAUAUUUUCCUCCUGCAGUCAGUUGUUCAGGAAACCAGUAUUUUAACUAAAAAAAAAUUCUUACUUAGAUCUCACCAAAGUUAAAAGUUGUUGAUCAGAUUUGCCGCUCUACUUUAUUAGAUUUUUUUGUUUGCGCUCCCAUCAUUGAAAAUUGGAAAAUAUUUUAUCAAAAUUUGUUUGUUCGCUAAAGUGUAUGGACGUAACAGUGAACAAAUGAUAACAAUUCCAGUCUGACAUUGUUUUAAAAUUGAGUUUAAGAUAGAGAACACGUAAUAUCAGGCGGGAAUUUCCGUGUGAUCACGUGUUUGCAGUUCGGCAUUAUUCUGGCUUAAAAGUAGCCCAACAUGCACAAUACUUUCUUUUGAAACAGGAAAAGUCCAACGUGUCGUCAGACACAGUUGGGAUCACCAAAUAUUCAAACUCCUGCUUAGAAUAGUAUAAAUGUACAUUAAUGUCCAUUUCAGACCUUAAAUGAGAAUUUUAUUCAACAAAAUUAAUGUAAUCCUUAAAAAGGUGCUUGAUUUUUUUUUCAAAAUUGUUUAAUAUAUUACAGUUACAAGACACUGUUUAUGUCAUUAUUAUUGUUGUCGUAUAUAUCUCAUAACAACAUUAUAACAACAUAUUAUAUGAUUACUUAAGACCAAUGUUAUUACAUUUUUCAGUGACUAAGUUGAGAUAGAUAAGAUAAGAUAAUAUUUAUUUAACGUCGGUUAUAGAUAAAAGUCACAACAUAAGCUUGAAGCUUGUAUCUGACAUAAACAUAUUAUCCUAUAACAUACAAACAAACAAACUGCAAAUAAAAGCAUCAUUAAGACAUAAUUAAAAAUUAAGUUCUCCAGAUUAAAACCUGAGUAUCAAACCUAAAAAUUUAAUUGAAAGACAUAUAUGACAUCAUAGUGAUAGAGGUAAGCACAUAAAAUUACUUAAGAAAUUCAUUACUAAAAGAUACUUAUAAACAGUGAAAAAUAAAGACAAUUUUAUACAAAAGCUCAGACCUGUGUAGUAUCUGCUGGUCAUAAAAGGAGUCUAAAACUACAUCUAUAAAAAUUAUAGUCAAGACUUGCAAAAUAAAAUUCUCAUAAACAGAUUUAGGUUAAGCGAUCAGCAGCUACCAUUCAGGGUGAAAUUAAGACAUGAUAGUAUUGUUUAAACAAACAGGAAUACAUAUAUUACACAUGCAGAGUAACUAAAACUAAAAUAACUAGGACAUUUGCUAAAGCAUGCAGCUAAGACAAACUAAACAUAAAUAAGAUACAAUGCAGCCAAGACAAACUAAACAUAAAUAAGAUAAAGCAAAAUCAAAAUCAGCAGAAUCAAAAUCAGGAGGGAUGCAUAGCAGGGUUAAAGCAAAAUAAAGAAUACUAAGCAUUUUGGGUAUGAUUCAGGCGCACAUCGAACAAGCACAUUUGUGACCACUCCAAGUCCGGAUCAGUCGCUUGAAUUCCAUGUAAUCUAUAGUACACCUAACUUCUAUUGGAAGACUGUUCCAGACUUGUGUGGCCUCAAAGCGAAAACUCUUCUUACCGUAUGUGGUUAUGCUUACUGUUGGUACCUCAAGAGUGUUUGUAUAUCUGAAAUUAUAAUUUGAUGAUCUUACUGAAACAAGUUCUUGUAUAUAUAAAGGAGAAAAAGGAGAAAUUUUAUUUAAACUUUUAUAAACCUCCAAUGCAAUGAGUCUUAGUCUACCUAUGUGAUGGGUUGGCAUAUCAACAGUACGUAAUAGAGAGUCAUAACUAGAUGUAUAUUCAUUAAAUACAAUUUUCAGAGCCCUAUGUUGAAGUUUUUUCUAAUUUAUUAGUACUCUCUUUACUACAUAAAUGCCAAACUUACGGACAGUAAUGAAAAUUUGAUCUGAUGAAACAUUUGUAAAUUAAAAUUUUAGUAUCUUCUGUUAAGAAACGGCUUAACCUUGUUAAUACAUUUAUUUGUCUUGAUGCCUUAUUGCAGACAUUUGAAAGAUGAACUUUAAAAUUUAACAGCGAGUCAAUUUCAACUCCAAACAGUUUUACAUGAGAUUCACAGGGUAUGUUUGUGUCUGAUACUUGAAAGCUUUUGAUAUUAUCAGAUGUGUUUCUUCCAAUGCAUAUUGCCUGGAACUUGUCCGGAUUGGCUUGCAUAAGAUUGUUUUCAAACCAGUUUAUCAUAUUAAUGCUGUCUUCUUGAAGAGUGGUUUUAAGCACAUUAAUAUCGUUAUGAUUAAAAGAAAGCGUAUUGUCAUCUGCAUAAUUGUAAAUAGAAGACUUUUUGAUAGAAUAAAAGAUAUCAUUGAUAAAGAUAUUGAAGAUCAGGGGACCUAGGAUUGACCCUUGAGGAACACUUUUAUUUAUAGCUUGCCAGUCACUAUAGAAAUCACCCAGCCUAACUUGUUGUUUUCGGUCGGAGAGGUAAUCCAUCAUAAGAUUUGCUGACUGUUCAGUUAAUCCAUAAGCUUUAAGUUUUAAAACAAUUAAAUCAUGAGAGAGGCAGUCGAAUGCCUUGGACAGGUCCAUGAGCAUAGUAGCUACAUACUCAUGCCUGUCCAUGGCACUCUUCCAGUCCUCAAUCAGACGUAAGAGGGUUGUUUGACAGCCAUAUUUAGCUCUAAAGGCUGAAAAAUGUUAUGAAAUACAUUUUCAAAAUGGGUAUUUAGUUAUUCACUAAUUGACUGUUCAAACAUUUUAGAUAGAGUUGGUAGUAUGUUAACAGGCCUAUAAUUUUUCUUCUGAAAAGGAUCAUCUUUUUUAUAUAUAGGGGUGACCUGUGCUAUUUUGAGCUGAUCAGGGAAAUUAGAGGUUUCAAAACAUUUAUUAACUACAGUUGUAACAGGGCCUGCACUUGCAAGUCAAAACAGAAAAGCAGUGCAUGUAAGGAUAACUCUAUACAUUGUUUUUGUCAUAUUUUUCCAUUUGAGACUAUUUUUAAACUUAAGGUAUACGGAAAUACUAUAAACUGAUCUCUAGUCGAUAAAAGUAUAUUCGUUGUUGGACCGAAAGACGUUUCAAUGCCAGCAUACCACAGGGCUCCGUACUGGGACUUUUACAAUAUUUUGUUUUGGUAAAUGAUAUUGUAGAUUCCCUGUCUAGUGUAACACGUUUAUUUGCUGACACCAGCUGAUAUAAGUUAAUUGUAAUAAUGUUAUUCACAUAAAUUGAACAUUUAAUGCUGACUUAAACAUCGUAUUAAUAUCCAUGUUAAAUUCAGUCUGGUAAAAAAAUGAAAUAUUGUUCCUUCACUUGGUUGAAGUUUGGAGAAUACUGGUUAAACGUGUAUUGAUAGUCAUAAACAAUAAUGCGUAACAAGCAGGCGUUACAUUUAGCAAAGGUGUACAUUUUCAAAAAUGACUCGUAGUACAAACAUGCGGUUUAUGAAAAUGAAUUACUAGUCAAAUUUCAGUAAUACGAGACGAGAAUAGUAACUUGUAUCAAUAGAACGCUUCGAUAAAUAGGAUGAGUUCCAUAAUUCAAUAGAAAAACUAUGGUUUACAAAUAUAGCUUUGGAGAAUCACCUUAUUAUCUGUCUGGGCAGUUUUUUUUUGUACUUCUAAUUCAUUUUACCUUUCUCAGGUCCAUCAUGCAAAUAUUCGAAACAAACACGUGAUGAUCUCAAAUGUGUAACUAUGGAUAUAUCACUUUACAUUAUUAA